ACCCGGAGGGGACGGGAGAGCCCGGCCAGCCCCGGAUACCCCUGAAUACCCCCGAAUACCCCCGGCCCCCCCCCGGCCCCGGUCCCGCCUCCCGGGCCGCCUCCUCCCCGCGGCUGCGCGGCCCCGGCUCGGCCCUGGCGGUGCGGAGCGGGGCGAGAUGGUGCCUGAGCUGGAGAAGCCCACGGUCCGCAUCCUGCGGCCGGAGCGUGUGCUGGGGAUAAUCCGGUCCAUCAAGGAGCAGGGGAGCAGCAAGCUGCAGGUCAUCUCUGACUUCGACAUGACGCUGAGCAGGUUCGGGUGCAACGGCAGGCGCUGCCCCACGUCGCACAAUAUCCUCGACAACAGUCGUGUUAUUAGUGAGGAUGGCAAGAAGAAGUUAAAGGAUCUGCUGCACUAUUACUACCCCAUAGAAAUCGAUCCCAACCGGACCCUGGAAGAGAAACGUCCCCUGAUGGUGGAGUGGUGGACCAGGGCCCACGACCUGCUGUCGCAGCAGAAGAUCCAGAAGGGUGACAUCGCCCAGAUAGUCAGGGAAUCGGACGUGAUGCUGAGGGAUGGAUUCAAUGAAUUGUUUGAUCAGCUGUACAAGUACAACGUCCCCAUAUUCAUCUUCUCUGCUGGCAUCGGCGAUGUCCUCGAAGAGAUUAUCCGGCAGGCCAACGUCUUCUACUCCAACGUCAACGUGGUGUCCAACUACAUGGACUUCGAUGACAGCGGAGUCCUCAAGUGCUUCAAGGGACCUCUCAUCCACACCUACAACAAGAACAACAGUGUCCUGCAGGGAACGGAGUAUUUCCAGCAGCUGAGCGGUAGGACGAGCAUCAUCCUGCUGGGGGACUCCAUGGGGGAUCUGACGAUGGCAGACGGGGUUCCCAGCGUGGAGAACAUCCUCAAGAUCGGCUUUCUCAAUGACAAGGUGGAAGAGCAGAGGGGGAAGUACCUGGAUGCCUACGACAUCGUUCUGGAGAGCGACGAGACGCUGGAUGUGGUCAACGGGAUCCUCCGCUACAUCCUUCUGGAGACAUGAGCUGGGAAGCCAGCGUCCCAGCCCCGGCCAGGGGAACAAACAGGCAUCCUUCCACUGGCAAAGCCGGGCUGGGUUUUCUGGUACCUGCCUGAAUCCAUCCUGGUGCCUGGGGCAGUCUCCCUGCCCCGGCUGUUGUGUGUCGUGUCCAUCCCGAACCUCACCGGCUGUCCUCCUGGAACUGGAGGGCUGAGAUGCGGGAAGCAAGGAGCCUGCUCCUUGUGCCCCGUCUGUGCCUCGGCUCUGCUGCUUCCCUCUCAGAGUUUGUCCCAGCUCUGGGGGCCACACAAACCAUUCGUGUUCUGGGGAGAGACAUCCUGCGCUUAGCUUCAACGGCUGAGGGCAGAAACGGAGGUGGUUUGCUGUUGGUUGAGGACAGACCCGUUUUAGAUUGAAGCUGUUUGGUUUUAACUGCGUUCCCGUCUAAGAAAACAAAUUUCUCUCCUGA